CGUAUGUAGAAUGUAUAUAUACAUCAUUUGAAACAAAUAUUUGAAAGAAAAUAAAAGCACGUCAGUGAAAUGUACAAAAUGUAUUAGUGGUAAAAGUUAAUUCUAUAAUGAAAAAUUUAAUAGAAACAAGAUGGAUAGAUAAAAGAGUUACAUGCUUAAUUUGCAGUUUAUAUACUAUUUUCACUAACUCAUAUGCAACAUAAUUUGUUGCUAAUUUGAGAGAGUAAUAUUUCAUCCAAUUAAAAAAUAUCAAUAAAAUGUUGCAUGAAAUAUUAAUGUCAUUAUGGGGAUGUUCAACCAAUGCUUUGCAAAUAUUGGAAUCAGAUACUGUAGAUCUUGAAAAAUAUUUACAUCCUGGUGAACGUGUAUUACUUAAAGAAAUAUUGGAUGUAGUUGAACAAUGUAAUAUUAUUAGGAAUUUCAUUCAAGAAUAUACCACAUCUGAUGACUUAAAUUCUACUCAAAAUUUACAAGAUGUUCCUCGUGGUUUAUACUUACAAGCUCUUUGUGAAGGAAUAGAUGAAUCUUUGGAACCAUUUCGUAAGGAGAUUGUUGAUUUAGAAGAUGUAGUUCUUCGUGAUAGUUAUACUCCAUUGUCACUAAUACUUUGUCGUAUCCAAAAAUAUAUUUGUCUAUUUUCUGUUUUAAAUUCUAUCAUAAGAGAGAUUCGCACACAAAAAAUUCAUGGCUGUAAACUAUUGCAAUGUUUGCAUCAAAAUAUGUAUACUGGUAUUCCUGAUGUUAGAUCUGCAAUAGAAAAAAUGUCUCACUGUGUGCAUACAGUUUUUUAUAAACAUUUAACUAGCUGGCUUUUAUAUGGCCAUAUAGAAGAUAUGUACAAUGAAUUUUUUAUUCAAAAAAUAUCUGAGAGGGAAAACAGUUUGAUAUUAGUAGACAAUAAGGAUAAUUUUGAUAAAAUAAAUACAAAAUUUACUGCAGAUAUGUGGAAUUAUGACGUUCAAAUUGAUCUACUUCCCUCUUACAUAAGACCAUCUUUAGCAACUAAAAUCUUAACUAUAGGGCAAACUAUUAUAAUGUUUGGAAAUGACCCAAGACAGAAAAAAGAUUUUGCUAUAGUUGAUCAAACUGAAACUUCUAUAUGGGGAGAAAAAGAAUAUGAAUAUUUUCUUAAACUUCAAAAUUUACAAAAAAAACAUAUUUUUAAUAUUGUUGAAUUUGAACGUACAAUCGAUGAAUUGAAACAAUGUAUAACAGAACUUUUAUGGCGAGUUGCUGUUGAAGAAGCACAACUUGUGCAACAACUUAAAUUAGUAAAAGAUUUCUUUCUUAUGGGACGUGGAGAUUUGUUUCUUGAGUUUAUUAGACUUACGGCUCAUAUAUUAAAUAAAUCUCCAACACAGCAUACCUCUAGGGAUAUUAAUUUAGCUUUCCAAAUGGCCUUAAGGAAAAUGCAUUUAAAUGAUGAAAAUGCCAUGGAUAGUUUUAAUUUUAUAGUUCCAGUUCCACCACAUGAAAAUGAAGAUAUUGAGGUAGAAGGUACAGAAUUUACUGAAAAGGAACGUGAAGAUCCAAUUGAAAGACGUGGGUGGGGUAUGAUUACUUUAAAGUACAAAGUCAUAUGGCCAUUACAUUUGUUAUUUAAUCCAUCAGCUUUAAAUGAUUACAAUACAUUAUUCAAAUUUUUGCUAAGGGUUAAAAAAACACAAAUUGAUUUAUGGAACCUUUGGAGUGAGCAUAUGUAUUAUAAAAACAUUGAUAUUGGUAUAAUUCAACUAAGAAAUAAUUUAAUUUUCAUUAUUGAUAAUUUACAAUAUUACUUACAAGUUGAUGUAUUAGAAAGUCAAUAUACUAUAAUGGAAACAAAUAUGAAAAAUACCCGAAAUUUUGAAGAUGUACAAAAAGCACACUGUAUUUUCUUGGCUAAUGUUAUGUCACAAACAUUUUUAUUAGGGAGUUCAACAGAAAGAAAAAAUCCUGUCAACAAAUUAAUAAAACUCUUAUUGCGACUUUGUGAUGAUUUUAUCUUACAAGCAUCUAUGUGGGAAGUAGGUAAUUUGCUUUUAACAGAACAAGAAGAGCUUAAAACAUUAUCUGAUACUCUUGAUAGUUUAAUGGGUUGGUUAACCAAAACAUUGAAUAGAGUACGUGCACAACCAAGUGGAGAGCAUUUAGCUCAAUUAUUGUUGAGAUUGGAUUUCAAUAGAUGGUUCAGUAAAAAAAUGUAAAGAAGAUUUAUUUGAGUAUCAGUAAAUAAUGGAGAAACAUAUGAUGUAUCUAUGGUAUUUUGUUUUAAAAUUAUUCUUUGCAUAAAUUUAUCUAUUAUGUAUAUAUUGAACUUAUCUUUUUUUUUAUUUAAAGUACUAGUCCUUUUUUGACAAUGAAAAGUACAGUUAUGUAAAACUCCAAUUUUGAGCUUAAUUUAAUAGGAAUAUAUUAGAAAAGAAAAAAUAAUAUCUUUAAAUGAAUGUAACACAUAACAAGUAUUGAAAUAAAUUUUUCAUUCAUUUGUU